CCCUUUCUCCCCCAAAAACCAAACUCGCGCCGAUUCCGAGCCCUCCCCGAUUUCUCCCUUCCUCAUUUUUCCCCUCCAUUCCUCAUACUCCCCUCCUUCCCCCUUCCUUUAUCAUCUCCUGCUCCCCAGAUUGCCGUCUCCAGAUUUUGUUCCUUCUUUUCCUGCAUCCCCAUACUUUGCCCUGUGCACUACUGUUCGCACUACCACUACACCACUCCCCUGUCCGUUUCAACCCAAGGUUUCCAACAUCCUUUAACGAUCAUCCCGUCGCUGAUCUGAUCGACCGGAUAGCUCUGGACCACCACCCCUGCAAUAAAUUGUCCGCCUCGGCACAUCCUCCCUCGCCCGCCUCUCUACACGAGAAAGGAUAACUUGGAAUCAUUUUCCGGUCUAUAUAUCCGGCCUUUUCUCCUCUUGUUCCCCCCCGCAAAGGAGAUAUUCACAUGUCUCCCCCGGCUUCAGUGGGUUUCUCCAAUCUACUGAACCCUCAAGAAGCAGCGGAUUCGGCCUCGCCUACCACUGCCCAACCGACCUCGUCUCCUUCUUCAGAGCCUUCCAUGGCUUCUUCCGUCAGCUUGCUGCCGCCUCUCAUGAAGGGUGCUCGUCCCGCCAACGAGGAGGUCCGUCAGGAUCUUCCCCGGCCUUACAAAUGUCCUCUUUGCGACCGGGCUUUCCACCGCCUGGAACAUCAGACACGUCACAUUCGGACUCACACCGGCGAAAAGCCCCAUGCCUGCCAGUUCCCGGGCUGCACGAAGCGCUUCAGCCGCUCCGAUGAGUUGACUCGUCACUCGCGCAUUCACAACAACCCCAAUUCCCGUCGAAGCAACAAGGCCCAGCACCUCGCUGCGGCGGCGGCUGCGGCUGCUGGCCAGGAUGCCGCCAUGGUCAAUGCGGCCAACAUGAUGCCUCCUCCCAGCAAGCCUAUCACUCGAUCUGCGCCCGUUUCCCAGAUUGGUUCUCCGGAUGUUUCUCCGCCUCACUCUUUCUCCAACUAUGCCAACCACAUGCGCUCCAACCUGGGCCCAUACUCGCGCACCUCGGAGCGCGCUUCUUCCGGUAUGGACAUCAAUCUGUUGGCCACUGCAGCCUCGCAAGUUGAGCGAGAUGACCACCUGGGCUUCCACGGAUCGCGACACCACAUGUAUGGAUCGCGCCAUCACAGCCGUGGCCUGCCUUCGCUCUCCGCCUAUGCGAUCUCUCAGAACAUGACUCGGUCGCACUCCAACGAUGACGAUGAUGGGUACGGGCACCGCGUGAAGCGCUCGCGUCCCAACUCUCCCAACUCUACUGCUCCUUCGUCUCCUACCUUCUCUCACGACUCGCUCUCUCCUACCCCUGACCACACUCCUCUCGCUACUCCCGCGCACUCUCCUCGCUUGCGCCCCCUAGGAGCCAAUGAGCUUCACCUGCCUUCCAUCCGCCACCUGUCUCUCCAGCACACUCCUGCGCUUGCCCCCAUGGAGCCCGCACCCGAGGGCCCCAACUAUUACAGCCCCGGCCAGGGUCACAUGGGUCCCAGCAUCACAGACAUCAUGUCCAAACCGGACGGUACGCAGCGCAAGUUGCCCGUGCCACAGGUCCCCAAGGUUGCGGUACAGGACAUGCUUAACCCGCCUACUGGAUUCUCUUCGAUGUCUUCGUCGACGAACAAUUCCGUCGCGGGUGGAGAUCUUGCUGACCGCUUCUGAUCUUUCUCUUCCCCUCGUGCGACUGCCCUCGUCGCGUCCCACAUUCUUAUGUCUUCUUUGAAUUUGCUGUUAUGCGCGCUACGAAACGAUAUAGACUUGUGCAUUUUCUGGGUUGCAGGCAUCAACGGUGUCGGUUUUGGAUGGAUCGGUGUACCUCUUUCUCUUCCCAAUUUUUUUUCCCCCCUUUCUUUACCUUUGCUUCAUCAAGGCGUCUCAUUACCAAAUAGAUUGGCUGGGAAUUCUCCAUGGGUGUUUCUUUCCUUUUCACCACUUUUUUUCUUCCUACCCUUCGCGUCCAAAAUUCUUUUCUCAUGUGAUUCUCCUCUCCGAGGCCUGUGGUCUCUAUUUUAUACAUCUAUUAUGAUGUUCGUUAUCUUACCUCAAUUCUCUUAAUUAGCUCUCCUAGCUUCGGCUUGGAAAUACGAAAGAAAAUCUCCUUGACCCAAUA